AUGGACGAGGCGCUUUCUCUACUGGAGAAGCACGAGGGUUCGUUCGAAGCCGUUUUGCUGACCGCCCGGAUCCUGGUGGACCAAAACAAGAUCGACGCUGCCCACAAACUCAUCCGUGACUACGCUCGAACCUCGGAUGAUGACGUGGCCUAUCUGCUGGCCUCUGCCAUUGUCGCCAUGCGGGCCAACGGCGAUGACCAUGUGCGAUCCGCCUACUACAUUUUCGAGGAUCUCUCGCAGCACAAGACUGGCAACAUGCUGCUUGGCCAGGCGCUCACAGAAAUCCAACUGGGUCGAAUCGACGAGGCAAAGGAGACUCUGUCCAAGGUCGACGAGGUGGCCCCCCAGGAUCCCAAUGCUCUCAUGGCCAAGAUUGUCGUGGGUCUGUCUGAGGGCGACGAUGUGACCGAGCUUAAGGACGAGCUGAAAAAGGUGGAUGCCAAGCACCCCAUUUUCGAGGAGCUAGCCGAGAAGAAUGCGCUGUUUGAUAAGGUGGUUCUUAAGUACGCCGACAAGAUUGUCGCGUAA